CAUUAAGAAAACCAAGCCCUAACCACCAUGAACCCUUUAGUGAUUUUACUAUCUUUCACUUUUUUUAGCACAACUUUAUAUGCAAAUUCCAAUUUACAGCAACAUUUUGACACUGGAGGCUUGAGUAGAGAAAGUUUUCCAGAGGGAUUCUUAUUUGGAACAGCAGCAUCAGCAUACCAAGUGGAAGGAAUGGCUAGCGAAGAUGGUAGAGGGCCUAGCAUAUGGGAUGCAUUUGUUAAAACUCCAGGACAUAUUGCAAAUAAUGAGACUGGUGAAGUUUCUAUUGAUCAAUACCAUCGCUAUAAGGAAGAUGUUGAUUUGAUGCAGAUGUUGAAUUUUGACGCCUAUCGAUUUUCGAUCUCGUGGUCUAGAAUUUUUCCAAAUGGGACAGGAGAGGUAAACUGGAAAGGAGUUGACUACUAUAAUAGAUUGAUUGACUAUUUGCUAGAAAAAGGAAUCACUCCACAUGUGAAUUUGUAUCACUACGAUUUGCCACUAGCACUUCAGGAAAAAUAUUUAGGUUUGCUGGACAGACAAGUUAUCCAGGAUUUUGCUGAUUAUGCAGAGUUUUGUUUCAAGACAUUUGGUGAUAGAGUAAAGACUUGGAUGACUUUCAAUGAACCGAGAGUGGUUGCUGCUCUUGGUUUUGACAAUGGCAUCAACCCUCCUAAUAGAUGUUCAAAGAAAUUUGGAAAUUGCACUGAUGGAAACUCUGCCAUCGAGCCUUAUAUUGCAGCACAUCAUUUGAUUUUAAGUCAUGCUGAAGCCGUUAAAAGAUAUCGUGAAAAAUAUCAAGCUAAACAAAAUGGAAGAAUAGGAAUUUUCUUGGAUUUUGUUUGGUACGAACCUCUAACAAGAUCUAAAGCUGACAAUUAUGCUGCACAGCGAGCAAGAGACUUUCAUAUUGGAUGGUUUUUGCACCCUCUAGUUUAUGGAAAAUAUCCAAGGACAAUGCAGAAAAUUGUAAGAGAAAGGCUUCCAAAAUUCACCAAAAGUGAAGUGGAGAAAGUGAAAAACUCAUUUGAUGUUCUUUGUCUGAACCAUUAUACUUCGUACUACAUAUACGAACCGCAUCAACCUCCAUCUAAUGUGACUGGUUAUCAACAAGAUUGGAAUGCUGGGUUUGAAUAG